AUGCGUGACACCUGGGAAGUGAAACAUGGUGACAGCUGCGGAAAUACAUCCUUACAAGCCAUUCAGCUGGUCGACAAGACCGGAUCGGCGCUGGGCCCGUGGACGUUCGGCUCUGCGCUGGGCUGGUCGUCGCCGGCGUCGGAGCACCUGAGCGGCGAGCUGGGCCUGGCUGUGGAGGAGGUGUCGUGGGUGGCGGGGGUGACGCCGCUGGCGGCCGUGCCGGCCAUGCUGGUGACGGCGCUCACGGUGGGCCGCUGGGGGCGGCGGCCCGUCAUGCUGGCGCUGGGCCCGCCCUGCGCCGUCGGCUGGGCGCUCGUCGCCUUCGGCCGCGCGCUGCCCAUGCUGCUCGCCGGCCGCGUCCUCACCGGCUUCUGCGGCGGCGCCUUCUGCGGGGCCGUGCCCAUCUACACGGGCGAGAUCGCCGAGAAGCAGAUUAGAGGCGCGCUCGGGGUCUUCUUCCAGCUCCUCCUCACCUGUGGUAUACUGUACGUGUACGUGGUGGGGAAGGCGGUGUCGCUGCAGACGCUGGGCCUGGCGUGCGGCGCGGUGCCCGUCGCCUUCACGGUGCUCUUCUUCUUCGCGCCCGAGACGCCGCUCUACCUGCUGGGCCGCGGCCGCCGCGAGGACGCCAUCGCGGCGCUGCGCUGGCUGCGGGGGCCGGCCGCAGACAUCUCGGGGGACCUCGCCGAGAUGGACGAGGUGAUAACGUCGGCGAAGCAGCGGAAGGGCGGCGUGUUGUCCCUGGUGAGGUCCCGCGCUGCGGUGAAGGGCCUGGCCACAGGGGUGGGGCUCAUGAUCUGCGAGCAGCUGUCCGGCGUCAACGUCCUCAUCUUCUUCUCCGUCAGCAUCUUCGCCAGCGCCGGCAUCGCCCUCGACGCCAACACUUGCUCCGUCAUACUCGGCUGCGUUCAGGUGCUGUCGACGCUGGCGUCGGCACUGGUGGUGGACCGCGCGGGGCGCCGUCCGCUGCUGCUGGUGUCCCACGUGGGCAUGGCGGCCAGCAUGGCGGGCGUGGGCGCCUUCUUCCACGUGCGCGACACGGGCUCGGCGGCGGGGCUGGGCUGGCUGCCCGUCACCUUCACGUGCGCCUUCCUCUUCUUCUUCUCCAUCGGCUCCGGGCCGCUGCCCUGGGCCAUCCUCGGCGAGGUCUUCCCCGACGAGGUGAAGCCCGCCGCCACGGCCAUCGUGGGCGCCACCAACCUCAUCCUCGUCUUCGUCGUAGCCAAGUCGUACGCCAACCUCGUGGAGGCUUUCGGCGUCGCCGUCACCUUCUGGAUAUACGGCGUCAUCUGCUUCGCCGGCGCCGUCUGGAUCUUCUUCUUCGUCAUCGAGACCAAGGGGAAGACUCUGGAGCAGAUCCAGCGCGAGCUGUCCGGCCACCACGAUCAGGACGCGCAGAGCGACUCGACCGCCGACGAAUUCCGCCUGAAGUAACGCUUUAGUCCUCGUCUGCCCGUCUGAGCUACAACGGACCGAUGUAGGACGCGCUUGUACCUAGAGUGAGCCGAAUGACACGAACCAUCGAGUUCAAUGACAGUCUCAUUUCU